CUUCUUCCACUCAAGCUCACAUAAUUCACAACACUACCAAGCAAGCACAAUCCAAUCGAAGAAGUUUUUUCAAUUAGGUCUUUUCUUCCCUAAUUUGAUUUUUCGUGUAAUUAGAAAAUGUCGCUGAUUCCGAGUUUCUUUGGGAGGCGAAGCUCCGAUCCGUUCUCACUGGACGUGUUGGAUCCGUUCCGCGAUUGGCCAUUGAUGAGCUCCUCCAACGAGACGUCGCAGUUCGCGGCGACGCGCGUGGACUGGAAGGAGACGCCGGAGGCGCACGUGUUCAAGGCAGAUGUGCCAGGGCUGAAGAAGGAGGAGGUGAAGGUGGAGGUGGAGGAAGGGAAUGUCCUCCAGAUUAGCGGCGAGCGGAAGCGAGAGAAGGAGGAGAAGGACGAGUCGUGGCACCGCGUGGAGAGGAGCCAUGGAAGCUUCUUCCGGCGGUUCCGGUUGCCGGAGAAUGCGAAGAUGGAGCAGAUCAAGGCUAAUAUGGAGAACGGCGUGCUGACGGUGACGAUCCCCAAGGAGGAAGUGAAGAAACCUGAGGUGAAAUCCAUUGAAAUUUCUGGCUGAGAUUUGAAAUUCGUCGUCUAUGCCUACAAUUUGGAAUGAAUUUUCUGUGUGAUUAUGCUCUGUUAUGUGGCACUGCUUAAUUGUGAUUGUGUGUUUGUUUUGUUGUGCUAUGAUAUUAUAUGAUAUGUUCGUUGUUAUGGUUCAUCCAUUAUGUACGUUUGUGAUUCUUCCGAUUAAUGAAUAAAAGUUUUUGUUAGCUAAA